AUGUUUGCACAUGGUGUUAGGACGACUGAGAAAAGGACGAAGAUACUGAGAUCCGGCGAUGAUUCCAUGUUCGACGCCAUGUUGACAGACGCGAUUAUGUGCGAUUUUCUCCGAUUUCACACCGUCAAGUUGUUUGUAUUUGUGUUCAUGCGAGGAAAUCGUUCCGGCGUGCUCGGCAUUAUAUGCUUGAUUCAUGAUAAUCACGUCUGUUUGCCAACCGGCGACACGUGCCAACGCCUCCGCUACCGUAGUUGUGUGACUUUGCUGAGCGCCACCCUGGGAGAACUUCAGGGCUUGUCGUGGCAGGCUUUAGAAACUACAGAAACCUACAAAGGUUGCGAAAAAACAAUGUGAUUGGCACGAACGGGCGGUUUAAGUUGCGCGGCGAUGGUAGAUCAUGGCGACCAUACAUGCGCCUUUAAUAAGAGCCUUAUUUGUUGAAUUAUUUCUGUUUAUAUUGAACUAAAUUUUGGAAAGCUGAGACAAGUUUUCAUUUAAAACAAAAAAAAUGCUUUCUUCUUUUCUAUACUGCUAGUUUUUAAUUAGAAAAAAAGGUUUUAUAAUAAAUAUGAUUAUGGUUUUUUUUUAUAAUAAAGGAAACAUCCUUGGAUUAGAACUGAUCACUCAUGAUACAAAAAGUUCUUUUUUCUCAGUGUUCUGGCAUUUUCCUGCAAUCUUUCGGUAGUAUAAAGUGGCUCGUUGCACUGAUAUAAAAUCAAAGAUAGUGUGUUUGCGCGCGAAGCGGCUAUACGAUGUGUCAACACAUGAGCCGACUACCGUACACCCAUCAUCUGAGAAUCAUAUCAGAAGUUGCUGUGGUGUCAAAUCUCACAAGUGUUUGUCGAGGGCUGCGCCGAAGUAUGUCUUUGUGUGUGCAACUGUUUAAAGCGCCGCCGCUGAUACUCGAACUUGCCGCCGACUUUAACAAGCCGAAGUGACUCCGUUUCAAAUUAAUGUCGAGAAGCGGCUCUAGAAGCGACUUUAGAGGGAUAGUCCUGUACGAACACCUUUUUUCAGACAGUAUGUUCUAAACUCAAGUUGGAAAGUUCUAGAAGCUGGUUUUAGCGCCUUUUUUCGUCCUAAAAUAUUGAUGAAGAAAUUUUUCCUUGGCUUUAUUAUACUUCUACCUCUAUUGUUGAAAGGAGAUGGGAGAAGCUAAAUUAAAAAAUAAUGGGUUGGACUUGAAGCUUAGGAAUACUUCAGCUGGUUGAAUUAUAUGAACUCAGGAAUACUGAGCGUGUUUGACGCAAAUAAAUUCAGCUUUAAGCUUUAAAUACACGUUUCGAAAAGCUACUCGUAGUCGAAAAGUCACAGUAUUUUCUGAUUCAUCCUUUCUUUUUACAGGCUCGAAAACAAUGGAAAUCGUGUGAAGGCGGUCGCAAAAAAAAAGCUGCGAAGUUGAUUUGUUGGCAGACAUACGCUGUUCAGCGACGAGGUCGACGUCGUGAUAAACGACGCGAACGGCCGUCGAGGACAAAAUGCGGAUUGAUGUAUCUCGGAACGAGAGUAAGUUGUCGUGUCAUGGAUUUUAGCACCUGGCAGCUCGCCAAUGAUGCAUCGGACUUGGCGCAGAUGUUAUCUAGCGCAUGUUGACAGAUGUGAUACUAAACUUGGGCGCGAAAUUCGGUUCGUCCUUGAGUCACUCUUCACUUCUUUCUUUUCCGAUUGACAACGAGGGAACGGUUGCAUUUAUAUAUUGUAAAAAGAAAGCAAAAAAAAAAAAUUGGAUUUCUAAAAGUUUCGAAGGCGCUUCUGACUCCUACAAGUUCGAUAUCUCGAGCUUGUUUUAGGUUAGCCAGAUCCUUUAAUUGUUUUCUAUUUCGAAGCUGAAAGAAAAAUGCGGAAAUAUCUUUGCAAUGUGCUUGAAAGCGUGCCGCGUGCCGUGGGAACCGCCGUCGCAAAUAAAACCCGGUUUACCGUAACUGGGCAUGAAUUUGUAAUCGGAGCAGAAUACAAAGAAAGGCUGCGUUGUGCAACGGCGCCUCGGAUGAAAGGCCAAAAUGUCACCAAACUAACGUCGACCAUGUGUUUGACCAAGGAUUAGCCGUCCUGGCCUCGCCGCUUCUUCUGUCAGCUCCAAUAUGUUAGAGAAAUCGAAAUUGCCAUUGAAAAGAAGGUACAGUAAGCAGGAAUUUUUUUUUUCGAAAGGAGCAAGUGUCGUAGCGGAUUACAUGCCACAAACAGGGGUCUUAAAAUGUGACUGAACGGGGUUAAGCCUCCGUUCCCAGGCUCUCGGAACGUUUCUGGUGGCUCAACUCGUACAAGUGUUUGAAGGUCCGUGACAAAUGGCCCCGCUAAGCUUUUCUUUUGAAAUUUUUUGGAAGUUUCGUAGAACGAGGGUUCUAAGAGUUCAGAAGCAUUAUUGGUUCAGUAGCUUUUGGCUCGAAAAAACUGUACGCCUUCAGUCAAAAAAGAAGUUGAUCUGCAUUUUCCGGAGCUUUUCGUUCUGAAAAAGAAAAUAAAAUUGAGAAUUUGUUCAUAAUCAGAGCCGCAGCUAGAUAAAAACCUUAUGAUCUACGAAUCUUGUAUUCUUUCUUUGGAAAUAAGAGCUACCUGGGAAAAUUUUUAGUGGCCGCUAUAGUAGUCAAAAUAGUGGCCACUUAAGGGGUUAAAAAUUAGUAGCCACUAUAGACGUCUGAGAGCUACUGCUAGACCACUAAAAAUUUUAGUGGCCACUUUUGGGGUCAAUGGAUCAACAUAAUCGGUUCAAUCUGUUUGUUUUAAUAUUAUCAGAGUUACUGGAAGGAAUACUGGAUGAAAAACUACCGAAGGGGCCACUAAAAUAGAAAAAAAGUGGCCACUAUAGAGGUGGGUUUAGUGGCCACUUUAGUGUCCUAUCCGAGUAGUCCUUUGGGAGCCUCUAUAGUGGCCACUAAAACUUUUCACAGUGUCACAAUAAAAAUGGCGUUUUUUCUUGUUAAGAAUGUAGACAGAACUGCGAUGAGAGUUUUGCACGGACCAUUUCCAAAGCUACUAAAUUGAAGAUCAACCAGAAAACAAUCCAUCAUUGUGAUUUCGAUCAGAUCCGCAGCUCGGGACGCGCGAAAAUAAACCUGAACUGCGAAAUCGGACGACUACAGGUUGCGAUUGCGCACGGCAAUGAAUCAGAGAUUAGGAUCGGACCAAGUAGCCAACGAUACCAUCUCAAUCAACAAAUGCUGUCAAAUCAGUCUUCAUUUGUUGAAUCUUCAAUUUUUCAGCGCAAAAGAUUGCUAAGGAGGAGGGAAUUUUUUCAGUUUUUGGGGAUUUCGAAAAACUGAAAAAAGGAAUAAGAUGAAAGGUGUUAUACAGAGGUCUGGAGAAGGUAAGGUGAGUAGACGUAAUGCGAUUUAGAUACCCUGGAAGUCGUGCUCAUCGGAGAGUGCCUCGGGAGAUUUAUCGCCCUCGCAGCCCUUUUUUCCGAUCUCCGAGUACGGUAAUCUCCCAUGCUUUCGCAGCAGCCCAUAA